AUGUUGACUUCUCACGAUUUCAAGGGUGUGUACAUUGAUCCAAGUUGGUCUCCCUUUGAGUGGUUGUUAGAGGUUGUUAGUGUUGCUGAUCGGAAAUAUCACAAAGAAAUAUCUAUGAGAAACAAAUCGAUGAGACAAUUCAAGACUGGGCUGCUGGGUUCUGAAAGAAAUUCUCUCAACCACACCCAAUUCAAGAAGCUGAAGCACCAUAAUAAAAGAACCCUUUCACACUCACCAUCCACAUCCAAGAACCCCAUAGUCAUACAGCAAGCCGGUCCAGACCCACCACCAGACAUGCCUAAGGAGUUCAAGAACAUAAUCAUGGCUAAGGAGUUCAAGAACAUAAUCAUAGCUAAGAAUGGUUCUGAUGUAAAGCUUGUGAUCCAGAAGAAACUAUAUAAAACUGAUAUGUUGGGUCGAUUUGCUCGACUUUCAAUACCAAAAGGACAAAUGAUAGCGGAGUUUCUGAGCGAAGAAGAACAAAUGAGUCUACAGCAAAAAAAGGAAGAUGGGGUUCAUUACAAGGGUAUGGAAGUCCAGUUAAUACAGCCAAGCCUUAAAGAAUGCAGCAUCUCAUUGAAGAAGUGGCAGCAAGGUGGCAACAACUCUUACAUGUUGAGCUCACCUUGGAACAAAAUCGCAGAAAAUAACGGACUUGAGGUAGGGGAUAUUAUACAGCUUUGGUCCUUCAGAGUCAAUCAUAGUCCCUGCUUGAUCCUUAUUAAGCUAUAA